AUGGAAGAUUCUGAUGAUUCGAUAUUAGAGGUUGCUGAACAUUCUGAUCAUAAUACACAAACUAGUAAAACUCAAAAAAAAAGAGGCCGUCCAAAAAAUAUACUUUGGGAUAAUCAUUUUAAAGAAAUUAAUUUGCAUAAUGAUGGUCACAAAGGUUGGGAAUGUCUAUAUUGUAAAGAACAAAACCUACGUGCAUCUGAUAUAAACAUGAACACACAUUUGGUUUUAAAUUGUAAAAAAGUUCCACCUAAUAUUAGACAAGAACUUUUACAAAAAUUUCCUUUACCAAGUCAAACAAAAAAAACUAAAGCAGCAUUAGAUAUUAUUACUGGUGUACAACCACAAAUUAAUAAUAAAUUUCAAAUUAUAAAUACAAUGGAUCCUGGACAAGAAGAAUUAUCUUUAGAUGGAUGGACAAGCAAUCGUGGUUGCUCUUAUUUUGCUUUUGUAAUUAUAACUGCUAACAAAAAACAAUAUGUACAUUCAAUUAAAGAUUUUUCUAGUGAAUCACAUACUGCAAUUUUUACUGCUAACGAAAUUGAAAAAGUUUUAACAGAUAUUGGUGUAGAUAAAUUUGGAGCUAUUGUAUCAGAUGCUGCUUCAGCUAUGACACUUGCCAAACAAUAUAUUUCAAAUAAAUAUCCAGCAAUUCUACCUGUUAGAUGUAUUGCACAUCAUAUCCAGUUGAUUUGCAAUGAUAUUAUUUGUAAAACUUUAUUUGGAAAAAAAGUAUUACAACAAUGUCAAUCAUUUAUAACAUAUUUUCAUACAUCUCAUCAUUCUGGAGCAAUCUUACGUAAUGAAAUAACUCGUUUGAUGAUAAAUAAAGGUGGAUUAAAAAGUUCUGUUUGUUCACGCUGGUCAUCUGCAUAUGAUUGCGUACAAUCAGUUCUUAAUACAGAAAUUUGUAUUAAACAGAGUAGUUGGCAAGCUGGCGAGAAAGCUAGUGAGCUUGGCAAGACAAUAUUGAUUUUAGAAGAUGAUAGUACAGCUUUAACACCAGAAUUAAGAGACCUUACACGAAAUCGGCAAUUUUGGGCAAACGCAGAAGUUUUAGCAAAAAUAUUAUUACCUGCCAAAAAUGCUGUUAAAAUAAUUGAAUCAAAGUCUACAACAACUGCUAAUGGAGGAAUAGAAAGUGCAAAUACUUUAGUAGCACAAAUUAAAAAGUAUGAUGCAUAUGAACCCCAUAUAAUUUUACUUUUAUGGAAGAAAUUGAAUCACCGCAAACCUGAUAAUUUGGAUGAAAUUAGACAAUUUGAUUGUGAAAAUUUGGAGAUUAGUGAAAUAAUCGAUUUUAAUGCCUUUUCAGAAGAACGAGUGAGUGAAGUGAAUAUUAAUAGUAACGUCGAAACUGAAGAAGAAGCAGCAGAUUAUGAUAUAAAUGAAGUUAUCAAUGCAGCUAUAA